GUGUUUGAAGUGGUUUGGGUGUGUUAUGUUUUAUUUGGGGUGUUUCUGGUGAGGUGUGUGUAUAUUUGUAGGGUAUUUUGAGGUGUUGCAAGGUGUUUUGAGUGUGUUUUGGGUUAAUUCAGAGUGUUUAAAGUGGUCUAGCUGUGUGUGAGGAGAUGAUUGUAUAUUUGUGGUGUAUGAAAGAAAGUGUAAACAGAUUUCAAAACGUACUUAUUAAUUUUAGGUCUAAAAGAAAAUAAAUAAAUGAUAAAAGGGAAUCUAAUCUUAUUAAUUUUAGGUCUGAAAGAAAACAAUAAAUGAUGAAAGGAAGUCUGAGAAAAUCUGACAACUAAUAGAAGUGAGAGGAAGUGAAAUUGUCCACUGUGUGAGCACCAAGGGAGAGGAGGCAGUGAGGAGGGCCAAGGCACCAUGGCACCACACCGGGGUCAGAUGGGGCGGCAGGAGUGGGUGCAGCUUCACCUCUCACUGCUGGAGGAGGAACGACAGGCUGAGGUGCAGGCCGCCCAGACACAGGUGGAGGGUGUUCCGGUGAGGGUGCUGGCGGCCCGGGGGGUGGUGCUGGGGCGGCUGGUGGUGGCGGAGCGCUCCACGGGGCUCUAUGGCCGCCCGGUGGUCACCCUCACACCAGAACGCAAGGAUGCCACGCUGCCUGCUAAUAAAUUCUCUACUGGAGACAUUGUGGGUGUGUGUGAGGGUGCCCGGCAGGUGGCGACGGCGGUGGUGGUGGAGGUGGGGGAGCGGCGGGUGGUGGUGGCAGGGGAGGAGGAAGGCAGGGAGGAUCUCGACGCACUGGACGACGAUACCAAGAUAACGCUGCGGAAACUGGCCAGUGAGGUCACCUACAGACGUAUUAAGGCCGGACUGACCCAGCUUUCCCAGGAGGUCACCACGUCAGCCUCUCACCUCCUCUCACUGCUAUUUGGUGAAGAGCCCCCUUAUGACCCCUCUCCACGCCUUCCCCCCAAGCUGACCUCCUCCUCUGGUGACCUGCAGCUCUUCAAUGUCCACCUUGACCAGUCCCAGCGUGAGGCAGUGGAAUUUGCCCUGUGUCGCAGUGACCUGGCAGUGAUCCACGGUCCACCCGGCACUGGGAAGACUACGACACUGGUGGAGGUGGUCCGGCAGCACGUCAAACUGGGAUGCAAGGUACUAGUCUGUGCACCAUCCAAUCUCGCGGUGGACAAUUUGGUGGAGCGUCUCGCGGUGGCCAAGGUCCGCCUAGUCCGCCUCGGCCACCCAGCGCGCGUCACCUCACUCACACAGCGCCACACACUCGAUGCCAUAUUGCAUAACAGUGAGGAGUGGUGUGUGCUGGGGGACAUCCGUGCUGAGAUGGGGGAGCUGGCCAGACUGAGGAAGACAAGAGGAGGUGACCAGCGGAGGAACACCAGGAACAACAUUAAGAGUCUUCGCAAGGAGCUGAGAGAGAAGGAGACAAGGCUGGUUGGACAGGUGAUGAAGGGAAGUGAUGUCAUUCUCACCACGCUCACCAGUGCCAGUGACGAGGGCCCUCUCAGACACCUGCCCCAGCAACACCUUGACUUGGUGGUGAUUGACGAGUGUUCCCAGGCCACAGAGGCAUCGUGUUACCUGUCAGUGGUCCGCGCCCCUAAGGUGGUCCUGGCUGGUGACCACUGCCAGCUGCCCCCUACCAUUAUCUCGGCCCAGGCUGCUGCUAAGGGGCUCAACCUCACACUAAUGGAGAGAGUCAUUGCUGAGUGUGGUGAUGGAGUGGUGAGGAUGUUGACCCAGCAGUACCGCAUGAACACAGCCAUCAUGGAGUGGGCCUCGGACGCACUGUACCACGGCCGCCUCACCGCCCACCCCUCCGUCGCCACCCACCUCCUGGCCCACCUCCCUGGCGUCACCCCCACUGAGGAAACUGAGAGUGUGGCGGUGGUGGUGGACACGGCCGGCUGUGAGUGUUGGGAACUGGACACAGACGACACCCAGAGCAAAGCCAACCCAGGGGAGGCGGUGGUGGUGGCUCGGCAUGUCAAGGAUUUAGUGUCGGCUGGUGUUCUGCAGGAGUCUAUUGCUGUUAUUACACCUUAUAAUUUGCAGGUGGAGAUGAUCCGAGGCCUGCUCUCCGCCAGUCAUCCGCAAGUGGAGGUGCGGUCAGUGGAUGGCUUUCAGGGCAGGGAGAAGGAGGCUGUCAUUGUGUCCCUAGUGAGGUCCAACAAGCAGGGCACCAUUGGCUUUCUGGCCGAGGAUAGGAGGCUGAACGUGGCAGUGACUCGCGCCAGGAGACACAUAGCCCUGGUUGGUGAUUCAGAGACCACUGGAAGACACCCCUUCAUCCAUGCCUUGUUUGAACACCUCUCCCAGCACGGCAUUGUCAAGACUGCCCAUGAAUUCCAGCAUGAGAUCGAGACAACAGAGAUACAACUCCCAGAAUGCAUCAGCUGGACCACCACCACCACCACCAAAACAAACCCAGCCAGGAACAAGCAAGCCACGAGAACUAAGCCAAGACCAAAACCAAGCGAGGAGGACAACUUAAAGAGGAAAGAGGAGUACCAGAGUAUCCUAAACGACUUCCUGGAGAGUCCUAAUAUGUCCUACAGUUUCCCAAAGGAUUUGAACUCGUACGAAAGGCGUUUGAUUCACCAAAUUUGCGAGGAGCUGUCCCUUCACCACUGCAGCGAAGGGAUGGACAAGGAAAGACAUAUUGUGGUGACCAAGCAAGGAAAAGAAGAGAAAGAAGAAGGGAAGCAGGAAAUAGAGAGUAAACAAGAGAGAAUAGAGAAAGAAGAAGGGAAACAGGAGAUAGACAGUAAACAAGAGAGAAUACAGAAGGAGAAGGAGAAACAAAAGAAGAAAGAAGAACAUGAGACAAUAGACAAUAAACAGAGGGAGAAAGAGGAAAUAGAUAAAAAUAGUACCAAUUUAUCACCAGAAGAAGAAGAGGAAGAAAUAAAAACAAGAAUUAAAUCAGCCAUAGAAGAUUUCCUGAACUCGGCAAAUGAAAGGCUGAGGUUGCCCGGGAAAAUGAGUGCUGUGGAGAGAGCUGUGGCAUGUGAGCUGUGUGAGAGGCAAGGGUUACCUCACCACAGCGAGGGGAAGGGAAAAAUGCGACGUAUAGUCAUCGAAAAACCUAAAAAUCACGACAAACGCAGGAACUGGAAAACGCAAGGAAUUCUGGGAGGAAAGGCAACACCAAACACCUUCCUACACCUCCACAGCACACAGAGACCCCCAGCAACACCACAAACACCCACAGCGAUACAAAAACUCAAGAAAAAAUUGCGGAAACCAAAAACGCAGACCAUGAAUUACAAUGCCCAGAGUGGCGCUAUACCAAAAACACAGCAGGAAAACAGCAGUGGAAGCAUAAAAAAGGUCAAAAUGCGCUAUGUAGGUGGUGAGUAUGUGAUGGUGGAGGAAGGGGCUGCCACAGAGGAGAUGAAGAGGUGCGCUGUGUGUGGGAGGGACGUGCCACAGCAAAACUACAGCCUCCACAGCAUCCAGUGUGAGAGAAGGAGUAGAGAAGGCCACAAUGUUACUACUGCUGGGAAAAGUAAUAAGGAGAAUAAGAAGAAGAAUAACAAGAAGGAGAAAGGGAAGAACACAAACAAGAAGAAGAAAGGAGAAGAGGAAGAGGAGGAAGAUUUUGACACCCUUAUUAAUAAAUUUGUUAAGGAGAACAACACCUGCUCCCACCAGCACUGCAACACACCAACCUCCGUCAUCUACCAGCUGUGUCCCUUCUGCCGCCACACCUUCUGCCUCACCCACCACAUGGCUGAGGUGCAUGGCUGUGGUGAUCUCGCACGCCAACAAGCCAGAACGGUCAUCUCCAGGGAGGGUGUGCUGUACCCCGGCAGUGGCGUUCCCUCCAAGAAGCCCAAGGAGGACCAGAGGAAGCAUUUAGAGAGGAAAUUAGCAAAGAAGAUGGAUAAUUUUUCUACCAAGAGGUCUGCUAAGAAAAAUGAGAAUGAAAAGUGAUUGGAGUUAUGUUUAUUUAUUUAUUUAUUUAUUUGUUUAUAUAUAUUUUUAUUUCUUCUUUU